ACAUGGCUGCUGUGUGAUGAAGCUGGAGCAGCAGACAAAACUUAGAGGAGAGACGCAAACUGAAGCGUUGAUCCUCUCACGUUAGUGUCAAUAAGAUAUCAAUACCAACGUCGGUAUCACUUCUAUCGCUGUUUGGAUCGAUGCGCUCAGCCCCAGCUGGAGCAGCGAUGUGUUCAGUUCAGUAUCUGAGAGAGUUCAUCAAGGAGAGACUCACUGCUGUUUGUGAAGAAAUCUUCUCAGAGGUUCAGAAAACCAUCGUCCAGUAUGAGGAGGAGAUCAGCCGUCAGCGCAGACUGCUGGAUAUUAGCCGGACACCCGACACAAACUCACACAUCACAGACCUCCCACAACAUGACUGUAAAGAAGAGGAGGUUCUGGAUGAGCAGCAGGUCUGUAACCAGGACAAGAAAUCCAGUCUGGACCAGGAGGACCCAGAGCCUCCACAGAUUAAAGAGGAACAGGAGGAAGUCUGCAGCAGUCAGGAGGGAAAGCAGCUUGGAAUGAAGCAGGAGGCUGAAUGUAUCUGGACUGAUGAGGAGCAGCUCAGACUACUGGAGACCAUCUGGAAACCUGAGAUAAAGUUAGAAGGAAUAGACCUCCAGCAACGACAUGUCUGUGAGGAGGAGGAGGUUCCCACAGAACAGCAGGUAUGUAACCAGGAGAGGAACUCCAGUCGGGACCAGAAGGACUCAGAACCGCCACAGAUUAAAGAGGAACAGGAGGAACUCUACAGCAUUCAGGAGGUAGAGCAGCUUGGACUGAAGCAGGAGGCUGAUGCCUUCAUGGCGACUCCUACUCAUGAACAAAGUGACCACAGUGAAGCAGAACCAAACAGCGGGAAGCUCCAUUCUCACAGCUCUCCUGAAACAGAGAGCCAAGAUGAGGAAGAAAGCCAGCAUGUGGACUCUGUGUCAAAUAAAAAUGCAGAGCAGAAAAAGAGGAAACCUUACAGGAAGAGAAGUUACAGUCAGAGAGUAGACAACACUCCUGUGUCAGAGCGUCAGAGUCACACUGACAAAAGGAAAAAGUCUUUACUAUGUGACACCUGUGGAAAAACUUUUCACAAAAAAUCCAACCUGACCAGGCAUCUGAGAGUGCACACUGGGGAGAAACCGUAUUCUUGUAGCAGCUGUGGGAAAAAAUUUAGUAUCUUGUCAGCAUUAAAGACUCACCUGAGAAUUCACACAGGUGAGAAACCAUAUCCUUGUAGUACAUGUGGGAAAAGAUUCAGUCAGAACACACACUUACAGAGGCAUGUGAGAAUUCACACAAGGGAGAAACCAUAUUCUUGUAGCACAUGUGGGAAAAACUUCAGUCAGAAGUCUAUAUUGAAAACCCAUGUAAGAAUUCACACAGGUGAGAAGCCGCAUUCUUGUGGAAUAUGUGGAAGAAGAUUCAGUCAACAUUCUAUAUUGAAAGCUCAUAUAAAAAUUCACACAGAUGAGAAACCACAUUCUUGUAGUAUCUGUGGGAAAAGAUUCAUUCAGAGGACAAAUUUAAAGACACACAUGAAAAUUCAUACUGGUUUAAAGUGUAAUGUUUAGAAAAUAUGGCACCACUGUGAGUCGUAGUAUUGUAUUGGUGGUAGAGCUCACACUGAGCAACACGAGAGUGAAAAGAUGACCCAUAUUCAAGUCAGAGUUUUUUCUGUCUAGAGCAGUAAAGAACUUCCAGCAUUCAGUGUUUCAGCCAGCAGUUUAUAUGUCUGGUACUGUGGUGGGCUGAGAAUUUUCAGAGUAUAUUUUAAUUUUGUCCAGCACAAAAAUAACCAUUAUGCUCCAUUCCCAAAGUAUUGGAACAGUGAGGCCAGUCCUUUUAUUUUUGCUGUAAACUGAACAAUAUCUCAGCUUUUAUUUCCACGUUUUCCAGAUGCUUUUUUUUACAUCUGGAUCUGAUACAAGGUUCGCCAGAUAGCCUUUUGUCGGAACCCACCCAUUUUUCUUUUGAGGAAAAAGUAUUAGAUAGAUAAAAUAAAUUAAAGUGUAUAAGACUUAGUAUUUAGUUGAAAAACCUUUGCUUACAAUAACUGCAUCAAGUCUGUGACCCACUGACAUCACUAAAUUCCACAGAGGCCGCUUUUCCACCCACGGGGUUCUGGUGCCAGUGCCAGUAUUUGAACUGUUCAGUGGUUUUCCCACCGUGAACGCAAUCGGUGCUCGGACAAAAAACAGAUUCAACUCGGGCCCCCCAAGCUAGCUGGUCUCAAACCAAGAACAGAUGACAAAAGCGGCAGAAGGGCGUGACUUUGCCAUCUGAACGUGAAGUUUUCUACCGCUAUUUUACCGCAUGGUGUGUAUUACAGGAGAAAAGCGAUGCGAUUUUCACGGAUGUGAAUUAGGUUGGACCCUCAGGCUGAAUUUGCUGCUUUGUAACAGUUCAUAUCACGGAUAAAAUGACGCAAAGUGCGUACUUGUCGUCUUGCUCGUAAUCGCUGUCUGUGUUUAACUCCGGGCUACACAUAGCUGCAGUAGUUUUGCUUGGUCCGUAAAAUGAGUUUGCAGAACAAGAAAGGGGAGCGUGUUCUCCCACAUUUGUGCUUUUCGGCUUCCGUGUCAAGGACUCGCCCACAUUCAUACGUAAAAGAAACGCGGUGGAAAUGCAGGCCCAUUCUUAAGCAUUUCGCCAGUUCAUUGACACCAACACCAGCACUGGCACAAGCACCGGCACCCGUGGAGUGGAAAAGUAGCAAGAGAAAGGUCCCAGCCUGGAUUCAAACCAGGACCUUCUCAGUGUGAGGCAGCAGUGCUAACCACUGUGGUGGUUUCUCACAGUAACUGAUGUUUUGGGGAGUUUUUCUUAUUAUAUUUAAUGUCUCUUUAGCAGUACGGUGGCCCAGUGGUUAGCACCGCUGCCUUACAGUUAGAAUAUCAUCUGGAAGGCCUGGGUUCGAUUUUGAUUCCUUGGCAUGUUCUCCCCGUGUCUGCGUGGUUUUUCUCUGGGUACUCCGGUUUCCUCCCACAUUCCAAAGACAUGCACUUACUGGGGUUAGGUUAAUUGGCCAUAGAUGUGAAUGAGAGCAUGAGUGUGGAUGUUGUCUAUCUUUCUGUGGCAGGCUGGAGACUUGUACAGGGCGUACCCUGCCUCUCGCCCUAUGUCAGCUGGGAGUUCCACCUUUAUGUCCUCACUCUGCCUGCCACACAGCCAACUCAUGACAGAACUGUUGGAUAU